CGGGCGCAGCUCAGUGCGGCGGGCACGACCGCGCCGACAUGCUGUGCCCCGCGCGUUGCUCGUGCUUCCUCUGCCGCGAGCUGCAGUCCUGCCGCGCCGCCGACGCCAGAAAACCCCCCAACAAAAUGUCCGACAACUUCAUCCUCAAAAAAGCCGAGGCCUGGGAGCCCAUGAAAUUCAUACGCGGCGCCGCUCGCCUCUCAGUCCGGCACUGGCAGGGCCGCGAGCCCCUGACCACGUCCAAAAACCGGAUCGCCACACAUAAGUCCACCAGCUGUGAGCAACUCUACCCUCACCCCUCGGAGGACGAUGCGGGUCCUUUCGGCAUGAGGCGGGCUCCCAGCACGGAUCGCGUCAAACCACAAUCGGAAAACAAACCCCUUUUCAAAAUCCUCGGGAAUUCUCGUUUAAAGAAAAUAAACAACAGUGACGCUUCGGAGUCUAAAGUUCGGCGCAGUGUCCUGAACUUCAGGAAAAGUGAACCACCCAAUUCUAAAAACGUUCAUGAAAAGUAUAUCCCUCUGCCUCAGGCCUCUCCAGUUGAACAUAUUUACAGUGAACCCAAAGCAUGGAAUUCCCAAGGUGACGACUGCUGUCGACCUCCAGUGUACAAAAGCGUUGAGAAAAAGAAAGAUGAUAAAAAAGGAUCUGUAUCAGAUAAAAAAAUCUACAGCAAUCGUCCUCCGUGCUAUGAGGAAUUAGCCCAAAGACUUUCACAAGAAAAGAACAAAAAGGCUAAUCUGCCUCUUACCGAGGGAGGCUUAGCAAAUAAGAUUACCCAAAACAACAAUAAAGUAGUGAUUUACUUUGGUGAUUCCAUCAUACGGAAACACAGUGAACAAAAGAAAGAAGCAGCCAAGCAUACUGAGGAAGCGCCACAUAAGGAGGAAGUUAUUUACGCCAAUCGACUACUGGAUGAAACUGGGAAUUUAGGUCUCGGUCGAGAAGUUGACAAGGGAGGGGGAACGCAAAUGGUGUCUGAAGUGCAGGUUCCUGAAGCGAUUUACGCUGAAGUGAAAUCUGUCGAUAGCAAAGAGGCGUCCGAAUUGGUGACGAUCAAUGACGCUACGUACAAGAAGGACGUCUUCGAGACGAUGAGUUCUGAUGGUUUCCUGAUUGUGGAGUUCGAGGGAAACUACGAGCGAGCUCGUCAGCUGGUGGAGCUGAUCCACGGGUCGGCGACGGACCACCACGAGGCCACGGUCCUCGACGACGACGAACAAUUCGACUGGAGCUUCAUCCAAGGCUGGAGAAAACGGCCAUCAAGCGGCUGCCGGCCAUCGGACGACGGCGCGUGGUGCGGCGGCGCCGGCGCGCGCGCGUUACGGGUGCGCGUGAGCAGCGCCGCCGCAGCGCCAGCGCCCGCGCACGCGCGCCGCCUGUCGCCGCCGCCGCCCGCCCACCGCGCCACCACCCCGCCUAGACCCGCCGAGCCCGCUGCCAAACCGCAUCUAGAAGAGACACCUCCCAGCGCAGAAGCGGGCGAAGCGCGCGUCAAGGCACUAGGCGCGGUGUCGCCGCUCACGGCAGCCAGCGCGCCCGUUCGGGCCGCCCCGCCGCAGAGCAGCUGUGCCUUACGACCCAACCACCACCACCGGCCCGCCGACAGCGCCGCGCCCGUGCAGAAUGGUGUCCGGGAGUGCAACAGCAGUUCGGACGAGAAUCGGUCGUCCGGACACGCGUCGAUGUCGGACAGCGGCGGCGGCGGCGAGGCGGGCCGCGACGAGCCGCGCAGGACGAGGCAGCCGCCCCAUGGGAGGACCAAGCACCGACCUCAUAAUAAGCUACAAUCGCCGUGGCCUGGUGGUGGGGGCCUGGAAGACAUCAGGUCGGCCAUCAAGCAGCUGACGCUACGCUCAAGAGAUAGUAGCAGUACCGCCACCAGUGGCGCAUCUAGUGCUGGAGGCGGCAGUAAUAAUGGAGCGACAGAGACGGGGAGCGCGGCGGAGGCGCGGCGGCGGCGCGCGCCGCUGGUGCGGCAAGCGUCGCUGGACACGGUGUGCACCAACGUCACCAGCGCCGACGAGUUCGUCUGGGUCGACUCGCACAACAGACUAGUGGAACUCCGCUGCGUACCAUGGACAGCCAGCGAGAUCACACGUGCGUUGGCAGCCGGCCGCUGCAAGGAUCUGGCGCCGCGACUGGCGCCCGACGCGCCACCGCGCCUCGCCUACCUGCUGCAGAGGGCGCUGGUGCGUGUGUCUCGCGAGGCACAGCGGCUGGCACAGAACUUCGGCUUCUGCUCCAAGCACGAGGUGGCGGGCGCACUGCGCAUCGUGCUUAGUGCUCCGUUAGCUGACGCCUGCAUCAAGGGCUGCCAGCGAGCGGCAACCAUGUACGCAACCUCAGGCAGCGCUGCUCGAAGACUCGGUUCAGCGGCGCGCGCGCGCACCAGUCUUGCGCCGGGCCGCUUCCAGCGCUGGAUGCUGGAUGUACGCGUCGCUUCUGUAGUGCACGAAUACGCAGCCAUUUACCUCUGCGCGGGCAUGGAGACGCUACUCGAAGAGAUCGCGCUUGUAGCGGGCGGCACCCGCGGCACCGUGACGCCGGCGGCGGUGGACGCGGCCGUGGCCAACUGCGCCGACCUGUGGGGGCUGCUGCAGCCUUACAGCCACCUCAACGCGGGCCGAGUGGCGUCAGGUGCGCUAUCGCUGUCCCGCUGGGAGUCGAUGAGCUCGCUGGGCUCGUCGGGCUCGCGCGAGCGCCCGCUCGGGCUCAGCCACGACUCCGGCAUCACCACCAACGGCUCGGGUGGGUCGGGCACAUCAGGCGCGUCAGGCACGUCUGGCGGCAGCUCGGGCGCGUCGGUGCUGUUGACCACGUGCGCAGCAUCCGCCGCCGAGUUACGCGCCGUGCUGCGCCGCGCUACACCUAGGCACCCACCGCUCGCGCCCGCUGCUGAGCGAGCAUUGUAUUACUUCAUGAGAUGCGAGCAGCUGGAGCACAACAGCGGCGCGUCAGGCGGCAGCUGCGGCGCAUCUGGCUUGUGGGGCGAGCGCGGCGCCGGCGCUCUACCGCCAUUGGCCGAGUGGGUGCGCGUCAUACGCGCGCACGCUGCCUUGAGACCACCGCCUGCUGUGCCUGACGCUGAUGACGUAUUACAAGCUGCGAGACUGUUGUUGCCUCAUGCCGACUGCCCGCCCAGACCUAUCACUAUCGAAGAAGCAAUAGAACCGGCCUGGUCCCGCUGCGCACGGACCUCUGACGAGCUCAGCCGCGCGGCGCUAGGGCUUGCCCAACGGGCCCUUCUGUCCGGCCGGCCCGAACUAGUGGGCGGUGUGCGGGCCCUGCUACCUCCAGCAGGCCUGGACGCCAUGGACGCAUCUGGACUGACGGUGCUGAUGAAGGCUGCGUUAGCUGGAGACGACCAGAUCGUGGCGAUGCUGCUGGAAGCGGGCGCGGACCCGAGCGUGGAGUGCGGCGGGUCGUGCGGCGCGCACGUGGCGGCGGCGCUGUCCCCGCGCGCGCCGCAUGCGCCCGCGCCGCCCUACGUGCCGCCCACCGCCGGUUGGACAGCGCUAGUAUUCGCGUGCGCGGGCGCCGGCGCGGGCGGCGGCGCGGGUGGCGGCGGCGCUUUAGAAUGUGCGCGGAGACUUCUCGGCGCCGGCGCACGCGUAGACGGCGCGCCGGCGAGGGGAGAUGACGUAUGCACGCUCACGCCGCUGCAGGUCGCAUGUGGCGUCGGCAAUUUGGAGCUAGUUCAGUUGCUACUGUCCCACGGCGCCGACCCGUUCCUGUCCACACAACUCAACGACGCUUUGUGCUAUUCGGCGGCCGCGCAGUACGGGUGCUAUAGCGCGGUGGCGGUAUGCUGCACGCACGGACGACGCGCGUGCCUCCGGGCAGCCGUGCGGGGAGGCGCGCGGGGCGCGGGCGCGGGCGCCGUGCUGUCGCUGGAGGAGGUGCUGGCGGAGGGCGCGGCGGGCGCGGUAGCUGGCGCGGAGCCGGCGCGCGCGCCUUUCAGCAAACAGCAGCAGCGCGCGCUACAGGACGCCAUGUACUGCGCCGCGGAGACCGACCACUUGGAUAUAACACUGGAAUUGCGCGCGCUAGGAGUACCUUGGUCGUUGCACGCGUGGACGUUAUCGCUAGCGGCCGCCGCCGACGCCUCAUUAGACCACGUUAUAGACCAGCUUUUACAAGAUUUCUUACAGGUGUGCCCGUCAGAUGACAGUCAUUACAGCAAGCAGUUCAUUUACGAGUGCCUUCCUCUGCUGUUCAAUAUUUUAAGAUACAGCAAGAAGGAGGGCACGGUUCUGCUGCUGGCAGACAUCUUGUGCGCGUGCUACGGCUGGGAGCCCGUGCCCGGCGUGGCCGAGCCGCCGCCCGCCGCGCCCGCGCCCUCGCGCGUAGACCCCUCCUACGUCAACAACCCGUCGCUCGCUGACGUCACCUUCAGGGUGGAAGGUCGUCUGUUCUACGGGCACAAGAUAGUGCUGGUGUCAGAGUCGCCGCGCCUGCGAGCUAUGCUGGCGCCUGCGCGGGCAGGCGAGGCCGGCGCGCCUCCGCUCGUGCAGAUUAAUGACAUAAGAUACCAUAUCUUUGAGCUAGUGAUGAAGUACCUGUACUCGGGCGGGUGCGGCGGGCUGGACAUCCCCGACGGCGCCGUGUUGGAGGUCCUGGCGGCCGCCGCCUUCUUCCAGCUGCUGCCGCUGCAGAGGCACUGCGAGGCGCGCGCCGCCCGCUCCGUCGCGCUGCACAACCUCGUCUCCGUCUACAUCCACGCCAAGGUCUACGGUGCCACUCAGCUCCUCGAGUAUUGCCAAGGAUUCCUCCUCCAAAACAUGGUGGCGCUGCUGACAUACGACGACUCCGUCAAGCGCCUGCUGUUCGGCAAGCGCCUGCCCGGACACAACGUGCUGGGAGCGCUGCUCACGACGCUCCAGAAGCGGAUCGAAACCAGAAAGUCCCAAGCCAAGUCUAGGUAGCAACGGUCGUCCACUCCAACAUCAUUUUGUUUGUUAUAAUAUUAUAUUUAAUUCGUGUUAGGUACAAAAACAUUGAUAGUAAUCGAGAAAAUUCUAAACUAUAUUAUGUUAUAAACGUUGGACUGAUUGGAAAAUGAUACCUUUAUUUUUAUGUAGAUAC